UUGAGGCGAAUAUACGAUAAAUUCUCAGACAGUUUCUCUCCUCUUCCGGUUUCCUCUUUACCAGCAAAGCAAACUGUCAUGGUGUUACCGGUAUGAUUGCUGUAAUGAUGUGAAGACGUCGAACCACCAUUCAAACCUUAAACAAAGAAAAGAAGAAAGAGGCAAUAUGUUUGUUUAUGCAAGUAAGGAGCAUCCUAUUGGUAGUCUCCUGGAGUCUUCCAAUCACCCCCUUCAUUUCAUCAGCUCUGGGGGCCCAAGGAAGAGCCGUUUGAAUAAUAUACGAGUAUAUGAUCCUUCCAUGUAGCUACAUGCUCAUCUCAAGCAUUAACCUAUAAAUGCUCUCACUUCGCAUCAUCGGUGAAUCAAAUUUUAAUCUCCUUUUGCAGGAUUGGUCGUGCAUGAUGAUGACACUGAAGAACAUAACCUGGAAAUCUAUGAUCUUUGGCUGCUACAAAACCAGGACUUCUCGGCCCAAAAGGGACGAACCAGCCACAAAGCAGGGCCACAUUGAUCGGGUAUCCCUCACAGAUGUUUGUAACCCGAGCUUGCAGGUCUCCGUCCAUAAUCUCUCAGUUUGUCUCGUCAGCUCCAAUCUUCACGUAUUCACACUGGCGGAACUGAGAGCAGCGACCAGUGACUUCUCGUGGAGCAAUUUUCUUGGCGAGGGCGGGUUCGGGCGAGUGCACAAAGGGUUUGUUGCUGACACGCUUAGGCCUGGACUGGAGGCUCGAGCUGUGGCUGUGAAGCUGCUGAACUUGACCGGGUGGCAAGGCCACAAGGAGUGGCUGGCGGAAAUAAUUUUCCUUGGACAACUCCAGCAUCCGCAUCUCGUCAAAUUGAUCGGGUGCUGUUGCGAGGACGAGCACCGACUCCUAGUCUACGAGUACAUGGAGCAAGGGAGCUUAGAAAAUCUCCUCUUCAAUAAUUGUUCCCCGGCCCUGCCAUGGUCGGUCAGGAUGAAAAUUGCUCUAGGAGCUGCCAAAGGCCUGGCUUUCCUUCACGAAGCAGAUAGACCGGUGAUAUACCGGGAUUUCAAAGCUUCAAAUAUAUUGCUGGACUUGGACUACACGGCUAAAUUGUCAGACUUCGGCCUGGCAAAGGAUGGUCCAGAAGGAGACAACACGCACAUCUCGACACGAAUCAUGGGCACCCCGGGCUAUGCAGCCCCCGAGUACAUCCUGACAGGUCACCUGACGAUGAUGAGUGACGUGUACAGCUUCGGGGUGGUCCUGCUGGAGCUCCUCACGGGCAAGAUGGUGAUGGACAAGACGCGGCCCCGGCGAGAGCAGGACCUCGCGGAGUGGGCAAGGCCGAUGCUGAAGGACCUGAGCAAGCACGAGAACGACAUCAUGGACCCAAGGCUCGAGGGGCGGUUCUGCGCUAACGGGGCUCAGGUGGUGGCCAUGCUGGCCUACAAGUGCCUCAGCCAUGACUCCAGCAAGAGGCCCAGGAUGAGUCAGCUGGUCAGGGUCCUGGAACUUCUCCAAGCAAAGUGAAAAACAAGUGAAGGGAUCGAAAUUUGCAUGGAAGGAAUCUUGUAGUCAACUAUUUAAGAGUACAAGGUGGUACCUGAUUGGUCUCCGACAUGUAUAGAAACACAAACAGUAUAGGAUACGAUGAUCAGGUUUGCUUCAGACACGUUGCAGUCCUGAACUGAUGUCUUCCCCUUUCUGGGUUUUCAGCACAAUGUUUGCAUUUUUAUUUAUUUAAUUAGGUUUUAUUUGUUUAGGUUUAUGAUCAUUCCACAUGAUCAUUUUUAUGGAUGAAUGAAUUGCAAGUCUUAUUUUCCGAAUA